CUCUCAUUUACCUGGCAUCGGCCGGUUAGCAUCGCCAUUCAUUUCCAUUACAGCGCUGCUACACGUAAAGGUCACUUAUUUCAUUUUCAUAUUGUAUAAACAUUAUGGCGCGCUGGGUAUUCGUUGUGCUGAUGGCUGUGGUGGGCCUGGCCCGUGCCACGCAGAUCACGGACAUGGACCUCGUCGGCCGCUUCAACCCCGACCCGGCCUGCCCGCUGGACGAUCCGGCCUGUGUCCGGCCCGAACCCACCGGUGUCAACGUUACCGUGUGGCACGGGGAUCGCAGCUGUACGAUUGUGUGGCUGUACUGCGAGCUGGACCGCUUUAUCGUCACCGUCGACUCGCCGGCGCAUCUCACCCAUCACUCCUUCUGCGCGCUGGGCAACAACCCGACGUCCCGCGAGGACCAGUGCUGCAAGUCGUUGAACGGCGGCGUACUGGGAGACUCCAAAGCCCUCAGUCCGCACCGUAACAAGUAUCCCAUCCUGUACAGCAGCGCCGGCAGCAAGAACAACUGCGGCACCGCCACCCACGACGUUACCAGCGCCUUUGGCACGCAGAUCCAACAGUACACCAACAAGAUCGAACUGAUUGAAUUCCUCGAGCAGAAGCUGCCGCGUCGUCAAGCCCCCUCAGUCAGCCUGAUCAGUCACACGCAUAUCAACAUCCAGUGCUGCAAUCAGCCGCCCGUGGAGGAGGUGCCGUGUAAUCCUCCGGGUACUGAGGAAAACCUGGAAGUCUGCACGGAAAAACAGUUCACAUUUACAUGCACAUCCAACGAGGACCGCGAGUCCUUCCACUGUUUCGUCGCGCUGAAGGACGGCGAAUCCCUGCAAACCGAGGAUGUCGGCUACACUCUGGACCGCUGCGUCGCCCGCCCCGUGGGGCAGGCCGGUGAUGAGGUCGUGCUGUUUGCUAACGGCGCGGCCGACAGCAAUCUGCAGCUGUCCAGCGGUGUCUGCGGUGACUUAAACGGUGAUCCAGUGGAUAAACGUAUCUACAGCAUUGAGGGUCCCUGGAUUCAGUGGGGCGCGGAUACCUGUGAUCUGCACCGCGUGGAAGUAGACUGCACUGUUAAAGUGGUGCCUAGGGCCUCUUUACCGCCGCUGCGGAAUGAUCCGGAUUUCUGCCGGUCACCGCCUUUCUAUGUAGCAUCGCGGGCCGGUUUCUUCCAGCCCGGCAAACUCACCGUGGUUAAUUAACAGAGAGGAUGCUAUUAUUAUCUUUUAUGAGAAAGCGCUUGUUCUGUGCUUGUUUGUUUGUCCGGCUGUGAACGGGCUCUGAUCACGCGAUCGCGCACACAAACCUUACGAGCUGUACAAUUAUAUGCGGUUGGCUAUUACUGCCAGUAAAAUGAAUAAAAUUACCGAUGCGAUGC